AUGAGCAUAAACUUUGCAACAAGUUUUGUUGAAGAUAUGGGUGGACCUCUUGACUAUGGUUUGCCUUCACCCGCAGAUAAUGAGUUCCACGUGGAUGCGGACGACUCAUCUGAGCCAAUUCACGGUAGUUUGACAGCAGACGCGAAUAUCGAGCUAGUUAAUCUUAGACAAGAAAAGCAAGCGUACAAAAUGGAUACAUCAGGGGCUCUGGCUGGAUAUGCAAAUCCAUUUCUGAACAUUAUACCUUAUAUCCUCAUAUCACGAUUCAUGCUUAACCUUCGAAUUGCGUCCGAAUCCGCACGCACUUCACACCCUUCCUCCGGGUUCAUUGCUGAAGAAUUGCAUGUACAGACAAUCAGUGCAAAUUUUGUAACGAGUCUCAUUGGAGACAUGGGUGGACCCCUUGGCCAUGGUCUCCUUUUACCCACAGACAAUGAGUUGCGUGUGGGUGAGGAUGACCUGUUCGAGCCGAUUCGUGACAGGCAAACAGCCAAUGAGAAUAUCGAGCUAGUACAUGUUAGAUGGGAAAGACAGGGAGAUGAAAUGCUGCAGGAAGACACUAACAUUGGCAUUGUUUAA